GCGCUUGAAGACUUCACAGAGCAGUGUAGCACCGGCUCACCUCCAGCCCUCACUGCCUGAGGAGCAAGCAACCCCCGGUCAUUUUAGAGAAAUCCUAAAUGAGAGGGGCCAUCUGAUCAAUAGCAAAAGGAGGAUCUAACCGACUGAUCAGCUCUCAGCCCUGCCUCUAGCUCUGCUCAUCUGUGGAGGGAUCUGUGCAAUCUCCCAAGCAGCAACAAGCGUGACACGAGCAGAGGGAGGGCAGGUUCCAUACUGAAAUAUUCAUGCUCUGGCAAUAGGAACUGCUGCUCUUAAAGUGAUCUGUGUCUCCUCUUGGCUCUUUCAGCUCGUUCCCCAGCUGGGCUCCGUCACUCCUACUGGGUGCAACACUGGAGAUCAAUUGUGGCAAAAAGGAGACAAAAGAAGAUAUUGUCUUGGACUGUUCCUUUGGAUCUGACCGCUAGAGAAAUUGAAGGAAUAUACGUGUGAGACAUAAAAGUUAGGUUUUGUCACAGUGAGAAUGCUCGCACAUCCCUGACUCCUGCACCCCGGCUGUUUGGCAGCUCCUGCACUGUCCCCCGGAGACCUGCUAAGGAAGGUGCCUGUGGAUGUUCAUUUUAGGGGUGGAGGGGAUACCGGGUGGGAGGGAGAAGAGGGGGAGCAUUACUGCAGCGCUCCUGAACUUCUACUGUACCCUCUGCAAGGAAUUCAUAACAGGAGGGAGGAGGACAAAUAAGGAAUCCCAGCCCUGGAGCAUCCAGAAAGGGAAGGGCAAGCCAUCUCCUGUACCUAAGCACUGUGUCCCCUGUGGCCCCCACACACCGCUCUGCUCCCAGGAACUAUGAAGCACAACAAGAUUUCCAGAUAUCUCCUUUUUACCUUUGUGGUCCUACAGUCCUUUUCUUUGGGUUUGGGCUACAACAGACUGCCAUACUUUUUAAACUACUUCUUCGACACAUUCUUGCUGAUUAGUGAAGAUACGCCUGUGGGUACCUCUGUUACACAACUACUUGCUCGUGACUUGGAUGAUGACAAAUUGGUCUUUGGAGUUGUAGGAGAUGAAGCCAAGAAAUUCUUUGCCGUGGAAAGUGAAACUGGUGUGGUAUGGCUGAGGCAGCCCUUGGAUCGAGAGACUAAAUCAGAAUUCACAGUUGAAUUUUCUGUCAGUGACAACCAGGGGGUUAUCAAGGGUAAAGUGAAUAUUCAAGUUGGUGAUGUCAAUGAUAAUGCUCCAACCUUCCACAACCAGCCGUACGCAGUGCGCAUAGCAGAGAAUACACCAGUGGGAACACCAAUAUUCAUUGUUAAUGCAACAGAUCCUGAUCAGGGUACUGGGGGAAGUGUACUGUAUUCAAUCCAGCCUCCUUCCAGUUUUUUUGGUAUAGACAAGUCACGUGGUAUUGUGACUGUGAUUUCUCCACUGGAUUAUGAGAUCACUCAGGCAUAUCAGCUUCAGGUCAAUGCAACGGAUCAAGACAAGACCAAACCCUUGUUUACUUUGGCUAACCUGGCAAUAACAAUCACUGACAUACAAGACAUGGACCCAAUAUUUAUCAACUUGCCUUACAGCACAAACAUCUAUGAGAAUUCAGCUCCAGGAACAACAGUGCGAAUGAUAACUGCUAUUGACCAAGACAAAGGGCGACCACGAGGAAUAGGCUAUACUAUAGUUUCCGGAAACACUAACAGCAUCUUUGCUCUGGAUUACAUCAGUGGUGCCUUAACACUGAAUGGGCAGUUGGACAGAGAGAAUCCGUUAUACACUGCUGGAUUCUUACUUACAGUAAAGGGAACAGAACUUCUUGAUGACCGCAGUCCAUCAGAAGCUACAGUGAAUACCACAUUCAACAUUUUGGUUAUUGAUAUGAAUGACAAUGCUCCACAGUUUAAUAGUUCAGAGUACACAGUUAGCAUUCCCGAGCUGGCUCAGCUUGGCUUUGCAUUACCUCUGUAUAUUCAAGUGCAAGAUAGAGAUGAGGGUUUGAACAGUGCCUUCGAGGUUUACUUGGUAGGGAAUAACUCAAACCAUUUCAUCAUUUCCCCAACCUCUGUUCAAGGGAAAGCAGACAUCCGGGUGCGUGUGGCUGUUCCUCUGGAUUUUGAGACAAUACAACGUUAUGAAUUCUCGCUCUUUGCAAAUGAAAGUGUUUUAGACCAUGUUGGAUAUUCUCGAGUGAAAAUUAACCUCAUCAAUGAGAAUGAUAAUCGCCCCAUCUUUAGUCAGGCACUUUAUAACAUCAGCCUUUAUGAGAAUGUUACUGUUGGAACCACCAUUCUAAAAAUUCAGGCAACUGACAAUGAUAUUGGGUCUUUUGGAAAAGUGAGCUAUUUCUUCAGUGAUGAUCCUGACAGAUUUUUGCUUGACCAGGACACAGGAGUAAUAACCAUCAUUGCCCGUCUAGAUUUUGAGAACACUCAGCGAUACACCCUCACAGUGAUUGCUAGGGAUGGAGGAGGAGAGGAGACAACAGGACGUGUUCGCAUCAAUGUUUUGGAUGUCAACGAUAAUAUGCCCAUCUUUCAAAAGGAGUCUUACCUGGGAGCGAUCCGUGAAAAUGAACCAUCUGUAGUCACAGUUGUCAAACUCAGAGCAACUGAUGAAGAUUCAGCACCAAAUAGCCAGAUUACAUACAGCAUUGUGAAUGCAUCUGCCUUCAAGAGCUAUUUCGAAAUUUCCAUUUCUGAAGGUUAUGGAGUGAUAACAGUGACCCGGCCACUAGAUUAUGAACAAAUCUCCAAUGGAGUUAUAUCAUUGAUAGUCAUGGCAAAAGAUUCCGGUGUACCCUCACUCAACAGCACUGUCCCUGUCAGCAUUGAAGUCUUUGAUGAAAAUGACAACCCUCCCACCUUCAGUCGACCUUCGUACAUCAUUACGGUUAUGGAAAACAUUAUAGCAGGUGCAACUGUACUUUUUUUAAAUGCCACAGAUCUGGACCGUUCAAGAGAAUAUGGGCAGGAAUCUAUUAUAUAUUCUUUGGAUGGCUCCCCUCAGUUUCGGAUUAACGCUCGAUCAGGGGAAAUCACUACCACAACAUUGUUGGAUCGAGAGGCCAAGUCAGAGUACAUAUUAAUUAUCCGUGCGGUGGAUGGUGGAGUGGGACCCAAUCAGAAAAUCGGCAUUGCUACAGUAAAUAUUACUUUGCUCGACAUUAAUGAUAAUGCUCCACAAUGGAAAGAUGAACCGUAUCUUAUUAACCUGGUGGAAAUGACACCCCCGGAUUCAGAUGUCACUACGGUGGUUGCCAUCGACCCAGACCUUGCUGAGAAUGGUACACUGGUUUACAGCAUCAACCCAGCAAAUAAAUUCUAUACCCUGAACAGCACCACUGGAAAAAUUCGGACGACAGGGAUAGUGCUGGAUAGAGAAAACCCAAAUCCCGUAGAGGCUGAAAUGAUGAGGAAGAUUGUCAUCUCAGUAACAGAUCGUGGAAGUCCUCCUCUUCGUGCCACCAGCAGUGCUACUGUUAUUGUAAACUUGCUGGAUCUCAAUGAUAAUGAUCCUACUUUCCAGAACCUGCCUUUCACUGCUGAAAUUCCAGAGGGAACUGCUAUUGGAGUAUCUGUAUUUCAGGUGGUGGCAAUAGACCUAGAUGAAGGUCUAAAUGGUCAGGUGACAUAUCGCAUGCCUGUGAGUAUGCCAAGGAUGGAUUUUGUUAUCAAUAGUACCAGUGGGCUGAUCACCUCUAUAGCUGUACUGGAUAGAGAAAAGAUUGCUGAGUAUUAUCUUCGUGUAUUAUCCAGUGAUGCUGGAACUCCAUCCAAGACUUCAACCAGCACCCUCACCAUCCGUGUUUUGGAUGUGAAUGAUGAGAGCCCGACUUUCUUUCCCACCAUCUACAAUGUCUCCUUGGCCGAGAAUGUCCCUCGAGAUUAUAUAGUAGCACGUCUGAAUUGCACUGAUGCAGACACUGGAUUGAAUGCUGAGCUCAGCUAUUUUAUAACUGGGGGGAAUCAGGAUGGCAAGUUCAUAGUUGGCUUUCGAGAUGGAAUACUGCGAACAGUUGUGAAUCUUGAUCGUGAAACAAUGGCAUCCUACACUCUGAUAUUGGAAGCUAUUGACAAUGGACCUGCAGGAAACAGAAAAACAGGGACAGCCACUGUAUCGGUCACCGUGUUGGAUAUCAACGAUAACAGACCAAUCUUUCUGAAGAGCAGUUAUGAGGCCAGCGUCCCAGAGAAUAUUGCCUUUUCCAGCAGCAUUGUACAGUUGGAAGCCACUGAUGCAGAUGAGGGUGAGAACGGCAGAGUCUGGUAUCGAAUCCUCAGUGGAAAUGAAAAGACUAAUUUUAAAAUUGAUAUCAAUACUGGACUAAUUAUGCGGGGUGUGCAGCCACUUGACAGAGAAACAAACUCAUCUCAUAUUUUGGUGGUGGAAGCUUACAACAGUGACCAAGGUCCAAUGAGAAGUUCUGUAAGGGUCAUCGUAUAUGUUGAAGAUGUUAAUGAUGAAAUGCCAGUGUUCACACAGCAACAAUACAGUCGUUUGCGUCUCAGAGAAACAGUAGGCAUUGGAACCUCUGUGACAGUUGUGCGAGCUACAGAUCGGGAUACAGGAGAUGGUGGGCUGGUGACUUAUAAAAUAAUAUCUGGAGCGGAUGGAAAAUUUGAUAUAGAUGCAACCACUGGCCUUCUUACGACAAUAGACUACCUUGAUUUUGAAACAAAGACAACAUACUCCAUGAACGUGUCUGCGACAGACCAAGCAGUGCCUUUCAACCGUGGCUUUUGUACAAUAUAUGUCUCACUGAUGAAUGAGCCAGAUGAAGUUGUUCAGUUUACCAGCCCAACCUACAAGGCAGUUAUAGUAGAGAACAUUGCCACUGGUACAGAAGUUGUUCGUGUACAAGCUCGUUCCAUUGACAAUCUUAACCAGCUCAGCUAUAAGUUUGAUUCAACCACAUAUGUCCAAGCCCUGGCACUAUUCAAAAUAGAUGGAAUUACAGGUGCUAUAACAGUCCAAGGACUCGUAGAUAGAGAGAAAGGAGAUUUCUACACAUUAAUAGUGGUAGCAGAUGAUGGUGGACCAAAGAGAGACUCUGCUGUGGUGUCUAUUACUGUUUUGGAUGAAAAUGACAAUAGUCCUCAGUUUGAUCUGACGUCUGACUCUGUAGUGAAUGUGCAAGAAGAUUGCCCUACAGGCAGGAGAAUAGGUUUGGUCCAGGCCAGAGAUCCUGAUGAUGGAAACAAUGGACUGGUGACAUUCUCUCUAACAGCUGGAAACUCCGGUGGGAUUUUUGAGAUCCGUACUACCAACAACACACUGGGUGAAGUGUUUCUGAUAAAAUCUAUGGACAGAGAAGUCAUAGAGCAAUAUAUUUUGAAGGUUCAAGCUUCUGACAGUGGCUCUCCACCACGUAGAUCAGAAUACACACUGACAGUGAAUGUCAUUGAUGUUAAUGAUAACCCUCCUGUUUUUGACAAACCAUUUGGUUACAAUGUCAGUGUAUAUGAGAAUGUUGGAGGUGGUACAUCUGUUAUUCGGGUGAAUGCUACAGACAAGGACAAAGGGCUGAAUAGUGUCCUCUCUUAUUACAUCACACAAGGCAACGAGGACCUAACUUUUCGAAUGGACAGGCUCUCUGGUGAAAUCGCUACAAGACCAGCACCACCAGACCGUGAGAAGCAGAGCUUCUAUAAGCUUGUAGUAACUGUGGAAGAUGAAGGAAACCCAGCUCUUUCUGCAACAACCACAGUGUAUGUGACCAUUUUGGAUGAAAAUGACAAUGCUCCAGUGUUUCAAUCACCACCGUACGAAGUCACAAGGGAUGAGGGACCUCUAAGCCUUAAUUCUGUCAUUAUCACAACCACAGCCAUAGAUCAAGAUGAGGGACCCAAUGGAACUGUGUCCUACUCCAUUUUUGCAGGCAAUCUACAGGCAACAUUCAGUAUAAAUAAUUCAACGGGACUAAUACGAGCAGUGAAAGAGCUUGAUUAUGAGGUCUGUCUUGGGCGAUAUACCCUCAUUGUGACUGCAACAGACCGGUGCCCUAUCAUACAGCGCCGCCUUACAUCAACUGCAACUGUCCUAGUGAAUGUAAAUGACAUUAAUGACAAUUGGCCUACAUUUCCGAAGCUGUAUGAGGGCCCAUUUGAGAUCAUAGAGGGGCAACCUGGACCCAGAGUAUCAAAUUUUAAGGCUGUUGAUAAAGACUCUGGUCUUAAUGGGCAAGUGGAGUACAGUAUUGUUGGUGGGGAUCUUUUAGGAGAAUUUGUGAUAUCACCUGUGGAGGGGGAUUUGAGAGUUCGCAAAGAUUAUGAACUUGACCGAGAAAACAUAGCCUUCUAUAACAUUACUAUCAUGGCAAAAGAUAUGGGCAACCCUCCCUUCAGCUCAACUGUUGUAGUCGAAAUCAGAGUGUUAGAUAUUAAUGAUAAUGACCCCAUUCUCCUCAAUCUUCCUAAAAAUAUAACAAUCAGCGAGAACACGGCUAUGUCAACUUCUAUCACCCAAAUUUUCGCUACUGAUGCAGAUACUGGACAUAAUGCCCGCUUGACCUUCAAUAUAACUGCUGGGAACUUAGAGAAUGCAUUUACCAUCAAUGAAAAUGCUGGAAUUGUCUAUGUGAAUCGCCAACUGGACAGAGAAAAAAUUUCAGAGUAUAAGCUAACCAUAACUGUGAAGGACAAUCCAGAAAAUGCUCGGAAUUCUAGGAGGGAUUUUGAUGUCCUCAUUGUGACAAUAUCAGAUGAGAAUGACAACCGACCUAUCUUUACCCAGGGCACAUACCUUGCAGAACUGACAGAGAACUCUCCAGAAGGAACUCCUGUGACAGUCUUGAAUGGGCCUGUGCUAGCAAUAGAUAAUGAUAUUGGAUCAAAUGCAGUGGUAUCAUAUAGACUACUUGGAGCUCAGAUGGAUCUGUUUACCAUAAACAACAGAACAGGUGUCGUGACUGUAAAAUCUGGUAAAGUAAUAGACAGAGAGUCUUUCCUAAACCCCAUCUUGGAUUUGACCUUGGUGGCAGAGGACAUUGGCAAAUUGAACAGCACUGCAAGAUUGGUUUUAACAAUCUUAGACGCCAACGAUAAUAGACCUGUCUUCAGUCCAUCAAGUGUCACUGUUCAUCUUCGGGAAAAUAGUCCACCAGGUUUCUCUUUCUUAAAGGUAACAGCAACAGAUGCAGACAGUGGUGUAAACCAGGAGCUCAGCUACCGAAUUGAAAGUGGUGCUCAAGAUAGGUUUCUUAUUGAUGCCUCCACGGGAGUGAUCAGAGUAGCCAAUGUCACUGUUGACAGGGAGGAAAAAGAUACCUACAAGCUUAUAGUUGUGGCAGCAGAUCGUGGGGCCAUCCCAUUAUCUGGAAGCAUAACUGUUAGCAUCCUUAUUGAUGAUAUGAACGACUGCCCUCCUGAGUUUGUCAACCCUAUACAAACAGUGAGCAUCUUAGAGUCUGCUGAGUUGGGCACUAUUGUUGCUGAGGUGACUGCCAUAGACCGAGACCUUAACCCACGUCUGGAAUAUUACAUUAUUGAGAUUUUGGCCACAGAUGACACCAAUAGUCUUGUGCCCAACCAACAAGGCGUAUUUGAAAUUAAUUUCAAAACAGGAUCAGUUAUGGUAAAAUCCAAUCUUAACAGAGAGCUUGUGGCUACGUAUGAUAUUACGAUCUCGGUUUAUGAUAAUGCCAGUGAGGUGGUUGACCGGUCAGUCAGUGCACCAAAUGCAAAACUAACAGUGAAUAUACUGGACGUCAAUGACAACACUCCAAGAUUCCGUCCAUUUGGUGUCACUGCGUUCACAGAGAGAAUUGUGGAAGGUGCCACCCCAGGAACCACUCUAAUUUCUGUAUCUGCUGUUGACCCAGACAAAGGACCCAAUGGUCAGAUUACCUACUCCCUUCACAAUCUUGUACCAGCUGGAUAUUUGCAACUUGAAGACAAUAUGGCAGGGAAGAUAAUUGCAAACCGGACUGUUGACUAUGAGCAGGUGCAGUGGUUAAACUUUACUGUUAGGGCUUCGGAUAAUGGCUCGCCUCGGAGAUCAGCAGAGGUUCCAGUUUACCUUCAGAUUGUGGAUAUUAAUGACAACAAUCCUAUUUUCAGUCAGCCAUCCUACCAGAAACCAGUUUUUGAGGACAUUCAGCUUGGUGCAACAGUUCUGCAGAUCAAAGCAACAGAUGCAGAUUCAGGGCGUUUUGCCCUCAUCCAGUAUAGCCUUGUGGAUGGCGAGGGCAAGUUCGGGAUAAAUCCCACAACGGGAGAUAUAUAUAUCCUGUCUACACUGGACCGAGAAAGGAAAGACCUUUAUAUGCUUACAGCAAUUGCCAGAGAUAAUCCUGGGGACAUUACUAGCAACCGUCGGGAGAAUUCAGUACAGGUACUUGUAACUGUUCUAGAUGUAAAUGACUGCAGGCCCCAGUUUUCCAAGAGCCAGUUCAGCACUAGCGUGUAUGAGAAUGAACCAGAAGGUACAUCUGUAAUAACCAUAACAGCCACAGAUUUGGAUGAGGGCAAUAAUGGCGUGGUGACAUACAAUCUGGAGGGCCCUGGGUCAGAGGCAUUUUUCAUUGAUAAAGACUCUGGAUUAAUAACAUCAAGGCGACUACUACAGUCAUUUGAGAGAUUCAACCUUACUGUCGUGGCUACCGACAAAGGCAAGCCUCCUCUCUGGGGUACUGCUAUGUUAAAGGUGGAUGUGAUUGAUGUUAAUGACAACAGACCUGUGUUUGUCAGACCACCCAAUGGCACCAUCCUUCAUAUUAAAGAGGAAAUUCCCCUGAAGUCCACAGUAUAUGAAGUUUAUGCCAAUGAUAAUGAUGAAGGCCUGAAUGGAGCUGUACGUUAUAAUCUGCUCAAGACUGGAGCCGGGAACAAAGACUGGGAAUAUUUCAGCAUUGACUCAACAAGUGGCCUCAUUCAGACUGCCCAGAGGUUGGACCGAGAGAAGCAAUCAAUGUACAAUCUCAUAAUUGUUGCUUAUGACCUGGGUCAACCAGUGCCAUAUGAGACAAUGCUCCCUCUACAGGUUGCUUUAGAUGAUAUUGAUGACAAUGAGCCUGUCUUUACAAGUCCUCCUAGAGGAGCCCUUCAGUACCAAACCCUAUCCAUUCGAGAACACUCCAAACCUGGAACUGUAGUGGGGAAUGUAAGUGGAGCAGUGGAUGCAGAUGAAGGAGCUAAUGCUAUUGUCUACUACUUCAUAGCAGCUGGCAACCAGGACAACAAUUUCCAGCUGAUUCCAGAGGGGAAGCUGACAGUGCUGAAGAACUUAGAUCGAGAGAAGGAGCCAUACUAUUCAAUCAUUGUAAAAGCUUCCAGCAACAGGAGCUGGAUGCCUGGAAAUAGUUCGGGCCAGAUAAUUGAUCCGUCUGCUGAUUCCACAUUGCAAGAAGUGAGAGUCUAUCUGGAGGACAUCAAUGACCAGCCACCAAGGUUCACAAAGCCAGAAUAUACUGCCGGGGUUGCAACAGAUGCCAAGGUGGGUUCUGAAUUGAUAAAGGUUUUGGCUGUAGAUGCUGAUGUGGGAAACAACAGCCUGGUUUUCUACAGUAUCCUGGGCAUACGCUACAUUAGGUUGAAUUCCAAUGAGUCAGCGAAGACGAGGAACAUCUUUGCAAUUGGAAACACCACUGGAAUUGUUCGGACAUUUGACCUGUUUACAACCUAUAGCCCCGGCUAUUUUAUUGUAGACAUUAUGGCUGUUGAUCUGGUCGGACACAAUGACACUGCUGUGGUCGGGAUCUAUAUUUUAAGAGAUGACCAGCGGCUGAAAAUUGUUAUUAAUGAGAUUCCAGACAGGGUUCGCGGAUUUGAGGAGGAGUUCAUACGCCUGUUAUCAAAUAUCACGGGAGCCAUAGUGAACAUUGACGAUGUGCAGUUCCAUGUUGACAAGAAAGGCAAAGUGAACUUUGCACAAACAGAUAUGCUAAUCCAUGUGGUGAACCGUGACACUAACAGAAUUUUGGAUGUUGAGCGAGUUAUUCAGAUGAUCGAUGAAAAUAAAGAGCAACUACGAAAGCUCUUCCGAAAUUAUAAUGUCUUGGAUGUCCAACCUGCUACUACAGCCCAAGCGCCUGAAGACCUUUCUGCCUUGCAGAUGGCAAUUAUCAUUUUGGCUAUUCUCCUCUUCCUGGCUGCCAUGCUCUUCAUCUUCAUGAACUGGUACUAUCGCACUGUGCACAAGAGAAAACUGAAAGCAGUUGUGGCUGGUUCCACUGGAAACAGAGGAUUCAUGGACAUUCUUGACAUGCCCAAUACAAAUAAAUAUUCCUUUGAAGGGGCAAAUCCUGUAUGGCUGGACCCAUUCUGUAGAAACCUGGAGUUAGCAGCACAAGCAGAGCAUGAAGAUGAUUUACCUGAGAACCUGAGUGAAAUCACAGACCUCUGGAACAGUCCGGCAAGAACUCUUGGUACAUUUGGCCGUGAACCAACUGCCUCCAAACCUGAAGAUGAUCGCUACCUCAGAGCAGCAAUACAAGAGUAUGACAACAUAGCUAAACUGGGCCAGAUUAUGCGUGAGGGACCCAUUAAGGGAUCCCUGCUGAAAGUGGUGUUGGAUGAUUAUAUGAGGCUGAAAAAAUUGGUAGCACAGAGGAUGGUUCAUAAAGCCACCGCCAGUAGUGGGGAUCAAUCCUCGGUCACAGAGUUGAUCCAGAAUGAGGAGGAUGAAGACCAAAGUCCAAGACAAGGAUCUCUCCGCUUCAAACACAAGCAGCCAGUGGAAUUAAAGGGACCGGAUGGAAUUCACGUGAUCCAUGGCAGUACAGGGACAUUACUGACCUCCGAUAUCAACAGCUUGCCUGAAGAUGACCAGAAAGGCCUGGGCCGAUCCUUGGAGACACUGAAUGCAGACAACGGAGCUUUCAAUGACAGAAAUGCUCGCACCGAGUCUGCCAAGUCAACACCGAUGCACAAGCUCAGAGACACCGUCGUGGAGGGACCCCUGGAGAUUACAGAAUUAUGACUAGAGGUGGCCUCAUUGGUCUAGCAGUUAAGAAAGUACUGAACCAACACUGAGGCAUCAAAGCACAAAGGAAAGAAUCACAGAGGAAAGAAUCACAAAGGAAAGAAGGAAGCACAAACGCCUGGCCCUGUUGGCCCCUAAUGUACUCCCAGCCUACACCGUCUGAGGUUUAGAGCUUCUAUAGAAGCAUCUGGGAAACUAGGAUUUCUGGCAAUAGAUCAAAUAGCUACCUGUGGUGCUUUAAAUCAUAGCAAAAGGGCAUGGCAUUGAGGUAUUUGCCUUUACGAUACAAAUGAGGGCUAACAGAGAGAUGCCGAAAAUGGCUCAGUACAAAGAUUUUCUUUUCUGCCGGCAGUGGAAGACUGUAGAAUAACCCAUUCUCUGAUCUCAAGAAAAAUGAACAUUAAAUUAAACACUGCCUAUAGGCCUUUGAGGUCACACAGCAACAUCUCCUGGACUUUUUCAAGAACUCGGUUCUGUAGUGCUGGCUUACCAAAUGUAUGCAAGUCUCAAGACGGCAUUUACAGGCGCUCCAAAUGAGCUUUAUGUGUGCAUUUUAUGUUCAUUUUUAAGUCUGUGGGGUUUUUUUGUGAUUAUUGUUUUUUUAUGUUUGUUAUGAAGAGGGUGAGAAGAAAACAGAUAAAAUGACUGAAUCACUUUG